CACUUACACGAGGCAUAACAAUAUGGCAGCCCCUACUGUCGAAGUCGUUGAAGACGAUUUGUCUGAGGUUUCAGCUAAAUUAUCGCUUCUACUUAAUAGAUUGCGUGAUGUAGAUCGAGUAAAAAGACGCAAGGCCUUAGAGGAGAUACGGAGUGAGCUUUUUAGUGAUAAAUAUUCUUCUAACACGGCAAAGUUAAAUAAAGUGUACGGAGAUCUUUCCCGGCCAUUAUUGAAAUGUUUCUCUGAUCCAGUAGAGAAGUGCAGAGCGCUAUCAAUACAGCUCGUACUUGAUAUUAUACAGACAACGCAGACGCCGAGUGAGCUUCUUCCUUAUCUUGUACCAACCCUGGUUGAACGGCUGGGAAAUAAUAAUAUUACAGAGUCGGCGGAAGAGCUUCGCCUUGAUCUCGUAAACCUUCUUGCAAUAGUUAUUACACUGUGUAACAAAGCGUUCGUCGUGUACAUGGAUGAAGUUGUGCAGAUCCUUCAGAAGACUAUAGUGGAUCCAUUUCCAGACGUCAGGUUGAAAAGUUGCAAGUGUGCUUCUGAUCUGUCACAAGUUAUACCAGCACAGCAUUUUCACAUGUGCUCAGAAAACUUCGUACCAGCGCUUCUGAAAACACUAUCUCAUCAGCACUCCAAAGUUAGAAUAGUGGCAAUUCAGGCUAUAGGGGAUGUAAUUAAUCAUGGAAGUAGUAAAUGUGUCGAGGAUGUAGUUCCACACCUAGCCCAGAGAUAUUUUGAUCAGACACCCCAGGUGCGGCUGGCUGUGACCCAGGUCAUCGGUAUGUGGUUGCUUGAACUCCCAGACAGAUAUUCCUAUUUCUGCAAGCUUCUUCCACUUCUUUUAACCAGCAUCACCGACGAUGUUCCAAAGAUUCAGCAGACCGCAGAUGAGCUAUGGUCUAAGGUUGGUUUUCAAUAUGAGAAGGAAAAUGAUCAGGACUUCAAAGAUCGACUAGACUUCGUCACACAGCAACCACCUCACUAUCCAUGUGAUGUGGUGAGACCUAACCUUGGCUGCAGGGAGCUUGUCUACCGUCACAUGUCGAGGAUCUUGCCCGCAUUGCUGCGUGACCUCACAGACUGGGUAGCAGCCACCAGAGUAAAAGCUGCAGCACUGCUCUAUGUUCUGCUAUUGAAUGCCGAGGACAGGAUGACUCAACACCUGGAGUCUCUACUCAGGGGCCUGUAUUCAGCAUGUGGCGAUGAAGAGACGAGCGUGGUGAAUCAUGUUAUGAAGAGUGCGAGGUUGGUCGGCUGCUUUGUGCCAGCAGAUGCCUGGUGGCAUCUCAUGAUGGCGGAUCUUGAAAGCAUCCCAACAGCGAAUCACGUCAUGACACUAACGGCCAUCGUGGAGGGAUGCAAUCGCAGUUCACUGCGGCCGCAUUUGCCUGCUAUUGCAGAUGUCCUUGCAGCAGACGACGUGUGCAGGAUGCAGGAGGUGAGAUUCCAGCAGCACCUGGUGAGCUGUAUAAGAACUGUAUUGAAUGUGAGCAAGGACGAUUGCUCAAGCAUCAGUGCACAGCUCUUCAAUGCCAUACUAUCAUUGCUGCCGCUAAUCGAAAAUGAGUCCAGCAACAAGCAGGCACACGAGGCAAUGCUGGAAUUGGCCAAGGUGCAGGGAUUUACGGACCAGUGGCACUUGAUGGAGCUACACAUGCCUGAUGUCCUAAAUAAUCUUCAUGAAACCUGCAAUGGCUGGAGCAGCAUUAGCCAUGAAGCAAAGGUUUUCACCACACUUGUGACAGAAUCGGGACCUGUAAUUGGCAAGCAUCUCAACGUGGUUAUCUCCAUUUUCGAGAUUACCCUGAGCAAAGAAAAGGAAGCAGAAUUGAGGCUGAAGCUAUUUUACACGCUCGCAGAGCUCAUGGUGAAUGCAAAGUACACUCUUGAUUCUGAGGGCAUGUUUGCCAAGUAUGCUAGCAAGCUUCUCAACUCAGUGAUCGUACCUAACUGCUCGUGGCAGGCGGGUAGAACAGCAGCUGCUAUCAGGACCACUGCCGUGUCGUGUCUGUGGGUGCUGUUCCAAUCUGGUGCUGUCACACCACAGCUGUAUCUACGUCAUGCCGACGCUCUGCUCCCGCAGCUGACCUCGCUGCUGGAGGACGACAGCCGCACGACGCGUCUGCUCGCUAGCCGCGUCGUCAAGCAGACGCUCAACCUGUGCGGCGACGCGUUGCAGAUGGACGCGCUACUCGGCAUCUAUCCCACGCUGCUGAAGCGCAUGGACGAUGUCAGUGAUGAAGUGCGUGAAGCUACACUGAAAACCUUUGCAGCCUACUUUUCAGCGCUGGAUAGAAGCCUCGACGUGACUCUACACAGUGCGCACCUGGAGCUGCUCUACUCUGGCUUGUUGCUACACAUGGACGACAGUAGUGCACUUAUACAACAAUCUGUCUUUGAGGUUCUGAAGCAGGCUGCAGCCAUCAGCCCUGCAUUGCUCGGCCAGCAGGUGGAGAAGAUUAAACACAUGCAUCAAAGGAAGCAAUACUGCGAUGAACUUCUUGCCCACAUCAAAACGUUGCUGUGACCGAGGUGUUCCAGGGCUGAGUCAGCUAGAAUUCGUGUGGACACGCUUUCUUCUCUGCUAACGUGUAAUCAACCUGUAGUAUUACGUUUGUAACGCAAAAACAAUAUGUUUAUUGUA